ACUCUAAACAGAAAUCCAGCUUCCUCACUUCUCUGUUCUGUCCUCAUUCUGGUAGCAGGCUGACCGCGACAGUUUGGUGCAGCUCUCUCGCUCUCUCUCUUGCUGUCUCUUUGUCUCCAUGACAACAGACUGUCACAAAGACAGCGCACUGACCACACACCUGAGAUCAGGAAGAAGGAAGCGCUUGGUCCCGCCUAUGCCUGGCUCUCUAAGGAAUUCAGGAGGUGCCUUAACAGCCAGCAAGAGAUCAGAGAGAAACUGAAAGACAGCGCAGAAGAGGAGAGGGAGGGAAGAGAAGAUGAGAAAGUGACAAGUUGGAUUGUUGCUUUGAGUGGUGGAAGAAGAACGAGAAGCAAAGCCGAGACUGCACGUCCCAUCAUCCCACAGGCCCCAGAUCUGAUUGGAUGGUUUUGUCAGAAUGACAGCCGAAGAUCCUGCUUCCUCCUCGACCAUGAGCAAUAACGCUGCCCCUUCCAAACCCUCUGGUGCCUCCCACCAUUCCCUCCAUGGGCAGAUCAACAUCCCCGAGGGUGUUGCAGGAGCUCCCAACGAGGCUGCACUGGUGGCCUUGAUGGAGCGCACGGGCUACACUAUGGUGCAGGAAAACGGUCAACGCAAAUACGGCCCCCCUCCAGGUUGGAGUGGUCAAUCUCCUCCUCGGGGAUGUGAAAUCUUUGUUGGCAAGAUCCCACGAGACGUUUAUGAGGAUGAGUUGGUUCCAGUGUUUGAGUCUGUAGGACGCAUCUACGAGAUGCGUCUGAUGAUGGACUUUGAUGGGAAAAACCGAGGUUACGCAUUUGUGAUGUACACAGAGAAGCACGAGGCCAAGAGGGCCGUGCGGGAGCUGAAUAACUAUGAGGUGCGGCCAGGGCGGCUGCUGGGGGUCUGCUCCUCUGUGGACAACUGCCGUCUUUUCAUUGGUGGCAUUCCCAAAACCAAGAAGCGUGAGGAGAUCCUGGAGGAAGUCUCCAAGGUGACGGAAGGCGUGUUAGAUGUGAUAGUUUAUGCCAGCGCUGCAGACAAGAUGAAGAACCGUGGCUUUGCCUUUGUAGAGUAUGAGUCACAUCGUGCAGCCGCCAUGGCUCGCAGGAAGUUGAUGCCGGGGCGUAUUCAGCUGUGGGGCCACCAGAUUGCAGUAGACUGGGCGGAGCCAGAAAUUGAUGUAGAUGAAGAUGUGAUGGAAACAGUGAAGAUUCUCUAUGUCAGAAAUCUAAUGAUGGAAACAAGCGAGGAGACAAUUAGACAGGUUUUUAGCCAGUGGAACCCUGGAUGUGUGGAGCGUGUGAAGAAAAUCCGCGAUUAUGCUUUUGUCCACUUUACAUCCCGGGAUGAUGCUGUUCUUGCUAUGGACAACCUCAAUGGUACAGAGAUAGAAGGGUCCUGCAUCGAGGUGACACUUGCCAAACCAGUAGAUAAAGAGCAGUACUCGCGCCAGAAGGCCUCCAAAGGUGGCGUUUCUGCCACCCCAGAAGCUACUCAGCAGAGCUACGUUUAUCAGUGUGACCCCUACACAUUGGCUUACUAUGGUUAUCCCUACAACACCCUCAUUGGACCGAACAGAGACUACUUUGUGAAAGGAUCCCCAAUGAUACAGAACAAUGCAGGUACUAUGAGAGGUCGUGGUCGUGCUGCUGCAGGUAAUCGUACCCCUGGGCCGCGUGGGUCAUACCUCGGAGGUUACUCUGCCGGUCGUGGUAUCUACAGCCGCUACCACGAGGGCAAGACCAAGCAGCUUGAAAAGUCCUAUGAGCUGAUGCCCAGUCUGGAGCUUGCUGCCUCUGUCAACCCAGUUGGCAUCAAACCUGGCACAAUGGCAUUGCCUGCACUAGGUGCACAGUACCCAGUGUUCAGUGCCGCUCCUGCUGCCAAGCUGAUGGAGGAGGGGAAAGUGCACACAGUGGAACAUCUUAUCAGCCCUCUGGCCAUGCAACAUCCCGAACACACCACUGCCUCUGCUGCUGCCGCUGCUGCCACAGUCCUACCCGCCGUGUCAACACCUCCACCUUUCCAGGGCCGUCCAAUCACUCCUGUGUAUGCUAUGGCCCAUAAUGUACAGCGCAUCCCCACAGCCGGCGGCCUGUAUGGAGCUGGUUACGUUCCCAUCACAAACUACGCUGCCAACACAGCAGCGCUGGCUGCUCUUCAGAAAAACGCAGCUGUGGCAGCUGCCGCAUACGGAGGCUACACCGGCUAUGCCAUGCCACAGGCCUUCCCCGCCACGGCCUUCCAGCUGCCCAUCCACGAUGUCUACCAGACAUACUGAUUAGGAGGCUCGCGCCAAGUAAUCCAGCCUGUGACUGAAUGACAUCUCAGCGGUGUGUGUCCCUCAACACAGAAGCAUCUCAUGAACUGAAGCUCCAAGGGAGCUUGUAGAAAAUAUUAAGAGCAAAGGCUGUGACAAGAUGACAUCUUCUAUUUUGUUGCUGUCAUCCUCAGUUUAUCCAGAAACAGAUAAGAUGACCAUCUCACUUAGGCUGUCACUUUUUUAAAUAUUUUUUAGCUGUUCAUAUCAUCAUAAACAUAGAAUACACCUUCCUCCUCUCCACCGAUAACAACAACUCUCCAUAAAACACCUUCACUUUCUGCCUGAACCCUGCUGUGUUGUUGCUAUGGCAACGGGGCACUGAAGGUACAUUCAAGUAUUUAUGAAGAGAAGAUGCAUAUUUAAAGUUUUAGUGUUCAUAGGCCUCUCUAGUUUUUUUAUGGUGGUAUUUGUUCUCAGAAAAAGACCUUUACAUCAGAAAGUGUAAAAACAAAACAGAGAGCAAAGCGAGUUUAAAGGAAGUAAAUGUACAACAGGAACUACUGAUAAAAGAGGAUUCCACUAUCUUUGGAUGUAGGCUACUAAUAUUUUGAAGCUUUUUUUCAUUAUUAUUAUUAUUAUUAAUAAUAUAUAGUAUUUUAGACAGUUCCACAUGCUGUAGGUGAUGCUGCCAGUUCAUGCUGGUUGAACUGGUUGAAUGUGUGUGUUUUGAACAUGCUUGUUUGGUACUUUUUGGUUCAUUUAGUUUAACUUUGUUUUAGACAUUUUAAAUGAAGGUUUUAAAUGUUUCAGGUAUGUCUUAGUUUGUAUACUUUUGUGUUCCUGGUUUAAUUUACUGAAACAUUUUUUUUGUUGUUUAUUAUGUCGACAGCUUAUUUUGACAGAAUCCUUAUGGGAGAAAAACAUGAAAGAGAACUGUAAAGACAUUAUGUGCAUGCAUAUAAUCCCCAUCUUAAAAUACUUUGCUGGUGGGGAUUAAGACUGAAUAGAUGUCCCUCCCCCCCCUUGUUAACGUAUUUUAUUGUUGUUUUUAACUUUUGUAUGGUGAACAAAUAUGGGGAGAAAUUUAACAUUUUUCUAUAAGGACUAGGGCACUCCCAUGUUUGCCAAAACUAACCAAAACACUUUAUGUACUCCUGUGUGACAACUUUGGAAAGACUCUUUGUGCCUGACUACAGUGCCUUACAUCCCCAUAUGGUUGGUACAAGUCAAUGCUUUUCACUGUGCCUUUCACUUCAAUGUGCUUUGACUUACUGUACUGUGGUAGUCAGAUGUGAUGAGGCUGCCUUUCCAUUGUUGUCUCUCUGCUGAAAGCGCCUACAUUAACACUCCCAAGUCUCCUCUUCAUUUGUUGUCCUCCAAACUGCCGCUGACCAAGGUGCACUUACACAUAUUUAUAACAGGCAAAAGUUUGCCACUUUAAGAUGAAGAGAUAUUAAAUGCAGAGCAUGUACUUGAGGGUGGACAUGAGUCAUUUGACUGUUUGGGGUUUUUUUUUCAGUGUUUUUAUCUCUAAAAGUUUUUCUUUACAGAUAAAGAAGAGCAUAUAGAAUAAGCCUUUUGAAUGUUUAGCUGCUACUGGCAACAUUCUCCAGUGUGCUGGAAAGAAUUGUAAAAAUGAACUUUUUUCUAAUAACCGCUUGAUUACCAGUUGCAAACAGGCAAGGGGCAAAAGAAAAUAACAUGCACACUGAAAAUCAUCAGUUAACUGAACACACACUUUUGGGCUUUGUGAAGCAACAGUGCUACCCACCACACUCCUGUGUUUCCAUGUUUCAAAACACCUGAUUGAAAUGAAUGAGCCAUUUAGCAGAACCUGAUAAACUGUUGGAUCCAUUUAAUUUGAAUCAGGCGUGUUGAAGCUGGGAAACAUCUAAAACCUCUCGGGACCGCAGUUGUCCACCCCUGCCCUAGAGCAGUACCUCACCCGGAAAUAUUCACGUGGCCUUGCCAUGUUUGAACUGCAACCCUUGAACUCCUUUAAGUCACUCUCACCAGCAGUAACACAUAUAUCAAAACAUAUAAAACUUUUUUUGUUUUUCUUGUCUUUGAGCCCAGUUUUUAUUCAGUGUAUUUUACAUUAUUUUCUAGCCAAUUCUUUUAUUUUGGAUAGCACACAUUGAAAUGGCAUCAUGGUUGAGAUAAGUUAUUACGCUGAAAACUGGAAAGUAUAACCAUAUUUGUAUGAAUUUUUAUCUCACUUCAUCUCUUGUAUUUUCUCUCCACUGAAACUGGAUUUUAAGUAGAGAACUAACUACUGUUAACAGCUUUUAUUAUGAUGACAAUAAGUCUGGAUUUAUAUAUUUAAUAUAUGCAUUACAUUUGUUGUGUCCUGUAUGAAGUGAAAAGAAAAGGUAUAAUAUAUUCAGAAAUGUAUUUCUUUUCCUUAUUUACACCUUGUGUAGGGAUAAAACUCAGAGUAACAAAAGUAGAAAAAGCAUUUUCUUGACCUUUUUUUUCUGUUAACGCCAAAGUAAUGAAUAGUUUUUAAACAGAGAAGUUUAUUUUGCUUUUGUUAUCAGUUAUAUACUUGGUGUUAUAUAAAUGGGAACACAAAGAACCUUUAAGUUUAGCUGCAUGUAGCAGUUUCAGUAAAGAUUAUAGCUGGCACACUGAGGUGUUACAACCCACGGGAACUUUGAGCUGGUGCUGUUGCAACUCUGCGUGUCAGUUGUGGCUAAACUACCGAAGGUCCAACAAUGAUUUAGCAGCAAUUAAGAUUUGACAUGUAAAAAGGCAAAUAACUGCAUCCUUGUAAUUCUGCCUUCCACUCCGAACUCUUGCUUUACUUUAUUUUACUUGCAUUAAACUCACACUGCAGCAGCAGCGGAUGAAGGUGUCACGGCUGUAGAGUGGAACUACAUAUGCUGAGUCUCAUAAUAGGGGUUAUCAUUUAAACUCUUCCAGAUAUGUGCCUUAUUGACAAGAUGUUGUCUUUGCUACUACUUUCUAUCUUAAAAGAAAAACUGCCUCAUUGGUUUGUAUCUGCAUUGUCAUAUUUAUAGUGAUAAACUUCAGCAAAUAAAGUGUUUUUGAGAGGA